CCCAGUUUCACCACUCGUCAGGUGAGAGAAGAUCAGUCAAAGACGGCAAAACUAAACACUGUAGAUACCAUGAUCUACUCUCUCCUGUACACCCUGGUGCUGUUCUCAGAGCUGAGCAGCCACUAUGUCACUGUAGCUAUGCCUGCAGCUAAAGUAGAAGACGGAGGAUUGGAGCAGGAUGGCUUUUUCCUGGAGGACGAACCCCUGACUGAGCCCGCCUUUGUUCCCCCUGCCUACAGACGGAAUCUUGUGCUGGACACCAACAUGAGGGAUGAAGACGGGAGUCCUAAAAUCAUCAUCAUCUCUGACAUGGGGCUGAAAGGACAAAGUAUUCGUGGUCUGAACCCGGCCUUUGCCCGCAGCUUUCCUCUGCUCACAGACCGAAGCGUGAGUCGCACUCCCGCUGAACACACUUUGAAAAUUGACCGCCGAAACACUGACCUUGACAUUCUGCGAUGUAUGAUAGGAAGAGUGUACCGACCCUGCUGGGAAGCAUAAAAGGUCUCCCCCCCCCCCCCCCAACCUGCCUUCUGGCACUGAAAGUGCUGUAAAAUUCUUCCUCAUGUAUUAAACUGAAAUACAUCCCCUUGUUGAAAAUGAGAGCUCACAAACAUGUAAAACAAAAUAAAAGUUUAUUAAAGUGAAAGCCUGCAUCUUA